CGACAGAAGCUGCAGCCCGGCGGGGCAGAAGAAGGGGAGGGUCAAGGACCGGGAGGAAAGCAGAUGCGCCUGGGAUGAAACGCAGGGGUGUCUUUGCCUUGUUUUUCGCUCCGCUCCUCCUCUCCGCCUUUGACACACUCCUCCUCCCCCAAAUUGCUGGAGCCGCCUGGUCGGAGGCCUUGGAUUGGCAGGGGGAGGUUGGGUCCUCAGUGACUGACCUAUGGACAAGAGUCAGACAGUAGAGCGAGAAUUGGUGCCCAAGGGCGGUGGUGGGUGCGAGGGCUUCAUGUGUUAAACGUCUCAGUUCGUGAGAGCUUGUGAUGGAUCAAUAAUUUUUGCAAGCAUGCAAAAUAAAGUUUCUUGUAACCAACUUUUAAACAUUGCCUACGAUUGGUUGAGUUUUUAUUUGUAAAACUUUGAGUAAAAGAUUUUAUUCCACUUUCAAGAGACCAGCGUAUUCUUGAGAAGUAGGAGGUUGUGGAAAACGGAUCGUUUCUUAAAUAUUGUUAACAUCCUUUGCAAAUGAUGCAGUUUAUUUAGGUUGCUGUGCUCAUGUGAACCGACAAGCAAAUCAGGAGCUUCCAUGUCUUUUCUGGACUGUUCCUGCAUUUCACAGACAGAAAUAGAACCGAUUAAUGCUGGGGGACAGGUAGACGGAAAAAACCAUCCCCAACUGAAAAAUGGAUACUCCACUUCCCAAAGCUCCCUGCGAGAUGAAAUGACGAUCUAUGCAACCAAUGCCAGUCACUAUCAGCUUCUAUGUGAACUAGGGAAGAGUUUUAGUAAUUUAACCACAGUGAAUCUGGCCAAACACAUCCCGUCUGGAAACAUGGUGGUUGUCAAACGCACAAAUAUGGACACCUGUUCUGAAGAAAACCUGUCCUCCUUGCAGAACGAGCUGCUUAUCUGGCAGUUUCUCCGGCAUCCAAAUAUCCUGCCACAUCCAGCCGUCUUUGCUGAAGGUAGCGAACUAUGGGUCAUCCUGGCAUUCACAGCAUAUGGUUCUGCCAGCAGCCUGCUAAAGUUGUAUUUUACUGAAGGCAUGAGUGAAAGUUUAAUGGCACAUAUUUUUUAUGGCGUCCUGAAGGCAUUGGAUUAUAUUCACCAAAUGGGAUGCAUUCACAGGAGUGUUAAACCAAGCAAUAUACUGAUUACUGAGGAAGGACAUAUUUAUCUCUCUGGUCUGCAUGGUCUUUGCAGCAUGAUCAGUGAUGGGCAAAGACUAAGAGUUGUAUAUGAUUUUCCAGUGUGCAGUGCUUCUAUUCUGCCUUGGCUGAGCCCUGAAGUUCUACAACAGGACUUGCAUGGAUAUGAUGCGAAGUCUGACAUCUAUAGCCUUGGGAUUACAGCAUGCGAGUUAGCCAGAGGCCAGGUUCCUUUCCAGAAUACGCAGCCUACGCAGAUGCUACUCCAGAAGUUGAAGGGGUCAUUAUGUCUGCUAGACUUCAGUUUCCCACAAAAAGAACAAGUGAUAAAGAAUUCUCGCUCCGGGAUGGAUUCUGGAAUUGGGGAGAGUGUAGCCACUUACAGCAUGAUCAGGACGAACACAAGUGAACGAUCCCCAAGUUCAACAAAUAAAACGUUCUCUGCGGCUUUCCACAGCUUUGUGGAGCUCUGUCUGCAGAGGGAGCCUGGUAAUCGACCAUCAGCGAGGAUGUUGCUGUCCCAUCCCUUCUUUAAACAGGUAAAAAAGCAGACCAAGUCGUCCCUGAUAAAUCUGCUUCAACCAGCCGUGCCGCUUUCUGGCUCCCAGGCCACACUGGGGACUUCAGUGCUAAAAAGAGACAGCCCAAUCACUACUUUACAAGACCUAGACGGUGACUGGGAAUUUUAACUUUCGUCUUUUCCAAAAUUUCUCUUUUAAUGACAAACAUAAUGAGUUUGAAACCAUUUCUGAUGUUGCCUGUUGAGAUGACUGAAGACAAGGAAAUAACCUGCUACAAUUAGGCAUUCAUUAUCGCUGCCUUUGUGCUGACUUGCGGGGAUCGUGACCGGUGCCUUAAAUCUGGAUUAGAGAUUUGUCCCGUUUAAUCCACAUUGAUCCUGCAUCCGGGCAUAAAAUGUACUUGCGUUUACAAAUGGUGCAUUUUCUAUUCCAGUAUUACAUUAUUAUUUUUAAGUAAUUUGGAACAUUAGAAUCUGUAGUUGCCCAAGAUACUGAAAAAAGCUGAAUGUACAAGCACAAAUAUAUUUUUGAACAUAUCUUUGUAUUUUCUUUAUAUAUAGCCAACCUUUAUUACAUCUAGUGGUUUGGUGGCGCAGUGAAGUCUGUGCGUCUUAGAAGGUUAAAAUGGGUUUGAAAUUCAAGAUCACCCUGUGGUUUGCUGGUAAUUCUGCUGUGGGAUGAUAUUGUGCUGAAACAGAAGUAGCAAAGCUGAGAUAGAAGAUUGAGCAUCCGAUUAUUUGUGGGAAAUGCAACAAAAAAGGCCUUUGAUUGGAUUGAGUGGACAAAACUGAUUUGAUCAUCCUUUUAGAAUCUGAGGGAACACCACCAAAGAACAUUUUCUUAAUGACUUCAAUUUGGAUACGUUUAGUGAGAAAGAAAUUUGGGAA